AUGGCCAUGUCUGCUGCCGACCUCGCAGGUCAAGACCUGAAUCUCAUCCCCGCCGGUGUACCCCCAGCUGGAUGGGGGGGCCUUCUUUCUGGGCCGGAACUCAGUAGCACUGGACUUGCAAUCUUUUGUGUUCUGGCUCCCAUAGCUUGCUUUGCUGUUGUAUGCCGCCUAAUCUCGAGUUGGAAAACACGCGACAGUGAAAAUGGCGGUAUUGGUUUGGCGGACUACUGCUCUGUCGGGGCACUUGUUAUCUCUAUUGCCCAAGAAAUUAUUGUCAUCACACUUGGCGAUUAUGCGCGUCACAUGUGGGACGUACCACUGGCAAUGAUGCUCAAGGAAAGCCUUUUCAAGGUGAACGCUGAUCUACAGUGCCAACAAAGGAGUAAGCUGAUACAAACCACCGCACAGAGAAUGUUUGCCCAGUCUAUCAUCGCCUGGCCCGCCAUUAUCUUGGCUAAACUCGCUAUUCUCUUUCUUUAUCUCCGUCUUUUCCAAAUCCAACCGGCGGCGCGAUAUGCCAUCUACGCUGGAGUGUGCUGGACAUUUAUGACAUAUCUGCCCAACAUGUUCAUUUCUGCCUACUUUUGCGCUGCACACCCUGGCGAACCAUGGGACAUGAAUGUUGGUCUUCGCUGCGCAAACAAGAGUGCAUUGAAGUGGCUUGUGGUGUCAGCAUGCAUGUCUGUAUUGCUAGACCUCUAUAUUCUUGCGCUCCCUAUCCCAGUUAUACGGAAGCUGAAUAUGACCGGCCGCAAACGGUUUGGUAUCCUUCUCAUAUUCUUCACAGCAUUCUUUGCUUGUGUUUGCGCAACACUCACACUUGUAUACCGUAUUCUUCUCGUCAACACCACUGAUACUCUUUGGCUCACUGCACAGCUUUGGAUAUGCAACUUGACUGAAAAUUUUAUUGCAAUCAUUGUGGGAGCUAUGCCCGGAGCGAGCUCCUGGUUCAAAUCCUUCGUCGUGCCAACUGCCUUCUUUGCUAAAAUCUCAUCGACAUUUACAUCGACCUUCUCGACCAAUAAAAGCUACAAGAGCAAACCGUCCAAGAGCGGCAGUUCGGACGGCUCGUUUCGACUCAAAGAUUACCCUGGCUACGACCACGAGUCACAGCGGACUUUGCAUGGAAACGAGUCUGCACCCGGUGCACUCGGGAGCAAGAUUCAGGUCAGGACAUCAUAUGAAGUUAGACAAAUCUAA